GAUGCAGCAGGGACGACAGCGCUUGCGGCCGUGGCUGGAGGAACAGAUCCAAUCGGGCAGAUAUCCUGGAGUCGUCUGGAUAGAUGAGGUAACAUCCAUCAGACUCAAACACUUUAAACUGCUCUUCCACAGGAGUAGUUCUCGUUUGUGUUCCAAGUAUCAUCUUAAGGAUAAAAUACACUACAAGACGUUUGCUCAGAUUUUUAGUCUGGACUUGUUGCCGAAAGUCUGUGCCAGUCUGCAGAUUUGAUCAGUUAGUGUAUUUCUAUCUGAAACUUUCAAAAUCUGCAAGUGUAUGAUGUCUAGCUUUAAAAAAAAUCUGCUCAGACUUCUUUGGUUCUUGUAGUGUAUUCAAGCCAUUAGUCUCAGAUGUUUCUCCUGAAACUGCUCAGGUGAAAUAAAAACCGAAACAAAUGAGUGUUCAUGUAUAGAGUUCAUAUUGAGAUCUUGACAAAUCUGAGCUCAGUUUGACACAUUGUUUAGAUCUCUUCUAUGACAGAGACAUUUGUGAGACUCUCAGGAAAAGUGGUGCAGUUGAGAUUUCAUUUGGUCUCCAUUCGAUCUCACAGAAGUCGAGGAGAAAUAACUGAGAUAUCCAAGACAUGUCGUCUGUGGGUGCAUUUCAAUCACAAAGACUUUGUCUGAGUUUGUUUUAUCGAGUGGAUUUUUAUUUGAGUAGCAUUUGUGCAUUCUUAACACUAAGACCAAACUGCAGUCUGCUCGAGUUUUCCAGAUUCCCUGGAAGCAUGCCGCUCGACACGGCUGGAAUAUUGAGACAGAUGCCACUCUCUUCAGAAACUGGGCCAUCCACACAGGGAGAUACAAGCUCGGCACAGACAAACCUGAUCCCAAGACGUGGAAGGCAAACUUCCGCUGUGCUCUCAAUUCCCUGCCAGACGUCAAAGAGCUGCCGGACAAAAGCAUUAAGAAAGGACACAAUGCUUUCAGAGUAUACGCUCUCCUGCCUCACAGCACAGCACUCAAGAGACGGAGAGCAUCGAGGAGCCUGGAUACAGACGCUAAAUCACAACCACCUCCACGAAACCCAACGCUGGAGAGAUUUACAGUUUGCAGAUGACGGUGGAAACUCCACAGCCGAGCUCUUCAGAAGAGAGGAUUUCUCCAGACGUGUCGAGACGUCCGUCUACCGCACCACAACUCAGGGACUGCAGCAGAACGCUCCGGAUGACACUGAACAAACACAAGCUGUGUUGAAGAUUGUGGAUCAUCUGAAGAAUCUGGAGCACUGGAGUCCUUUAUAUGAGAGCGAAAGAAACUGGAGAACAAACUCGACAUGGAUGGAGUCUCUCUGCGAGACGAUGGAUUUUUCAGGUCCUUCCUAUCAGACAGACUGUAGACUUCUGAAGAACUCGUCAGAUCGAUGUGACUAAAGAUGAGCGGGAGCAGAUGGAGCGACUAUCGUGU